CUGCACGUUCACGUCUCUCCCUGAUCUCACUCAACUCUCCACCAGCUCCAGAGCUCCAGUCAAACCACACCGAGCAGCGAGCAACGCACACCGGCAGACGAGCCUCCUCCCCGGGGAACACAACCAGCAACGCGCCGCUGUCACACGUCUGUUUCCCGGAGCCUGCGACGCUAACUCUUUAACCGCUAAAUCACUGUGAACCCCUAAAAACAGACACAAAAAUGGACGAAAAGGUGUGUAAAGAAUUAGACCAGUGGAUAGAACAACUACAUGAAUGCAAGCAGCUGACAGAGGGACAAGUCAAGACACUGUGUGAAAAGGCUAAAGAGAUCCUGACCAAAGAGUCCAAUGUUCAGGAUGUGACAUGUCCGGUCACCGUCUGUGGGGACGUACACGGACAGUUUCACGACCUGAUGGAGCUCUUUAAAAUCGGGGGCAAGUCUCCUGACACAAAUUACCUGUUCAUGGGCGACUACGUGGACCGUGGAUACUACUCUGUGGAGACUGUCACUCUACUCGUAGCAUUAAAGGUGCGGUACCGCGAGCGCAUCACGAUCCUCAGAGGGAACCACGAGUCUCGACAGAUCACGCAGGUUUACGGCUUCUACGACGAAUGUCUCAGGAAAUAUGGAAACGCAAAUGUCUGGAAAUACUUCACUGACCUGUUCGACUACCUGCCCCUCACAGCACUCGUUGACUCUCAGAUUUUCUGUCUUCACGGAGGCCUAUCCCCAUCCAUAGACACUUUAGACCACAUCAGAGCUCUGGACCGCUUGCAGGAAGUCCCACAUGAGGGUCCCAUGUGCGACUUGUUGUGGUCGGACCCGGAUGAUCGAGGGGGUUGGGGUAUUUCUCCUCGGGGAGCGGGCUACACAUUUGGACAGGACAUUUCUGAGACGUUUAACCACGCCAACCGACUCACGCUGGUGUCACGUGCUCAUCAGCUCGUAAUGGAGGGUUAUAACUGGUGCCAUGAGAGAAACGUCGUGACAAUAUUUAGUGCUCCAAAUUACUGCUAUCGCUGCGGCAACCAGGCGGCCAUUAUGGAACUCGACGACACUCUAAAAUACUCUUUCUUACAGUUCGACCCAGCACCGCGCAGAGGAGAGCCACACGUCACACGCCGGACCCCCGACUACUUCCUGUAAUGUGACCCCUGUACAGUCAUGUGACCCCUGUACAGUCCAGUCUGCCAUGAUGGAAAACUUCAAACUUCAACUGAACUAAACUUAAAAACGCAAACCAAUAAAAGAGGGGGACAGCAGAGCACACAAGGGCCACUUCCAAGUUCUCUUCAUUUUUCUCCUCCAAACGUUAAAAUGUGAUGGAACAUUUUAUAAACCCAGCCAAAUUGUGAUUGAGGAGAGCUAAAGAAUCUUAUAGUGGAUUUUUUUUUUUUUUUUUUACUGUCAAAAUGCAGCUUUAUUGACCUUGUUUAUGGUUAAUAUCUUUGUAAUUACUGGGCCUCCACAUGACACAAAACUGGUGCAAAGUUCAACGUCCUCUCUGUCAGUGUGAACUAAGGUUAAAUUAUUUAGUUUUAUCUAUAUAAUUAUAUUUAUAGUGGUUUGUGGUUUAGGUUUGGAGGAGGCAAAAGAACAGAAAUUGGAUUCAGCCCAAUUUCACACAAAGAUUUGUACUGCCCUCCAUUGAUAUUGUAUCAUCUAUAAGUUAACUUUGUGUUAUAGCACGGGCUAGACCGGGGGCUAGACUGGGGGCUAGACCGGGGGCUAGACCGGGGGCUAGACCGGGGGCUAGACCGGGGGCUAGACCGGGGGCUAGACCAGUUACUCGACUCAUAAGUGGGAAUUAAACCAGGUACUGAACUGGGCACUAGACCAGGACUUCUUGCCUUACUAUUUUGUUAAAUUUGAACAAAUUAAAAUGGUGGCACUUUAGUAUUUUUUGUUUUUUUCAUUGAAAGCACUUUAAUAAUCAAAACAUAAUUUUAAAAUGAACUUUUUUCUUUAUUUAUAUUGCAGUGAUGGCAAUUUGAAUGGAGGGCUUUGUAAUUAAAAAGUCUUGUGUCUAUUGGUGGAGCAGGCAGUGUGUGCCAUAAUCACAAAAUUCAUUAUUGAAAUCAUCUCCAAAUAUUGAGAUCCGUGAAACAAGCGCAUAACUAACUAAAACGACAUGUCACCAAAAGCUGCUGUCGGCCCCAUAUUGGCCAUGGUCUCUUUAUCUAGAUUUAAAGAUCCUAUAUUACGCAAAAUUGACUCUUGUGAGCUUUAAGUCAUGUUAUAAUGUUGCUACCUCA